AGAUUAGCCACACUUCUCCAGAUAUUCCAUUGGAUGCUAAGGCAGGGACCAAGGAGAACUGCAUGCACAAUGUUCGGAUGCAUCGACAAAUCACAGAGCCAACUCCUUCUGCUCGGCACAAUUCAAUCCGACGACAGCUCAAUCUCUCCAACCCUGACUUCAACAUCCAGCAGAUCCAAAAGCAGGAGCAGCUGACAGGGAUUGGACGCAUCAAGCCGGAGCUGUAUAAGCAAAGAUCAGUAGACACAGAUGAUGGUCGGAGAAAUAAUAGCAAGUCUUGUGGGAAAAUCAAUUUUAUUAUAAAAUAUGAUUGUGACUUAGAACAACUUAUAGUGAAGAUUCACAAAGCUGUCAGCCUGCCAGCAAAGGAUUUUUCUGGGACUUCAGACCCUUAUGUUAAGAUCUACUUACUUCCAGAUAGGAAAACAAAACAUCAGACUAAAGUGCAUAGAAAAACUCUUAACCCAGUGUUUGAUGAAGUUUUUUUAUUUCCUGUUCCUUACAAAGAUUUGAGUUCAAGGAAACUUCACUUCUCUGUGUAUGACUUUGACCGCUUCUCCAGGCAUGACUUGAUUGGCCAAGUGAUAGUGGAUAAUUUUUUAGAGUUAUCCGACUUUCCCAGGGAAUGUAAUAUUUGGAAGGAUAUUGAAUAUGUCACCAAUGACAAAGUGGAUCUUGGCGAGUUGAUGUUUUCGCUUUGCUAUCUUCCAACAGCUGGCAGACUAACUAUAACUAUAAUAAAAGCAAGAAAUUUAAAAGCAAUGGACAUAACAGGAGCAUCAGAUCCGUAUGUGAAGGUGUCACUAAUGUGUGAAGGGAGACGAUUGAAGAAAAGGAAGACUUCUAUCAAGCGGAACACCCUUAAUCCUGUUUACAAUGAAGCCAUAGUCUUUGAUGUCCCUCCAGAAAACAUUGAUCAAAUUCACUUGUCUAUAGCUGUUAUGGAUUAUGACCGUGUAGGUCACAAUGAAGUAAUUGGAGUCUGUCAAGUAGGCAACGAAGCAGAAAGUCUUGGGCGAGACCAUUGGAAUGAAAUGCUCUCAUAUCCUCGAAAACCCAUUGCACACUGGCAUCUGCUUGCAGAGAGACGUUGAAAAUUCUUCAACCAGCAUGGCCAUUAUGGGAAUUGAGGACCCUGGAUUAGGGAAGCUGAUGUAGACCAAGACAUCUUGAUUACAGAUUUUUUAAUACUCUGGAGUUAUGUGGUUUGGUUAAUCAAAUUUGUAAAGCCAGUGUUGAGGAAGUCUGAUAUCACCGAUGCAUACCAUCACAUGCAUAACAAAGAAAAGAAUCAAAAGAAAUGCGACAUUUCAAAGAGUUCUGCUCCUGAGGAUACAGUCUCAUCCCUAAAGAUUGUAGGCUAAAUAUUCCAUUUCUGAUUCCAUGUUAAGUUGUCAGUUAACAAAUCAGAUUUGUAGAAUGAAUAAUCUCCAAACCUGUCCAUGCAUGUUCAUGCACACACAUGCACACACAUUUCAUGCUAUUUUACUUCCUGAAGAUUUGGGUGUACUCAAUCUUUGAAAACUGUACCAUAUUUACCAGAUGGCUCUGUGUGUGUGUGUGUGUGUGAAUCAAGUGUACAUAGCCACCCAUCUCACAAACAUGAC